AACAUGUUGGGCAAAGCACAAGGCCUUUUCCCCAACUCAGAAGCUAAGGGCAAAAGCUCCGAGAAAGUUCUGAAUGAAACCCCGAAUUCUGAGCUCAGGCACGAUACUUUCGACGCAAUGGCUACACCUUUUCUGGCUGGUCUUGCAGUAGCUGCUACUGCGCUUGCUGGUAGAUAUGGUAUCCAGGCUUGGCAUGCGUUCAAGACACGACCGCCAAAACCUAGAAUGCGGAAAUUUUAUGAAGGUGGUUUCCAGCAGACAAUGACAAAGAGGGAAGCAGCUCUUAUUCUGGGUAUCAGGGAGAAUGCACCUGCAGACAAGGUCAAGGAAGCACAUAGAAAGGUGAUGGUUGCAAACCAUCCUGAUGCAGGCGGUAGCCAUUACCUAGCAUCCAAAAUCAAUGAAGCAAAAGAUGUGAUGCUUGGAAAGACAAAGGGCAGUGGAUCAGCAUUUUGAUGCAUUUAAAAUGCCUCGACUUCACGCCGUGUGCUAAACAGUAAAAUAAUUCCCCCUUCAUUAAGUUCAUAGGAAGCAGUGGUUGCUCUUGAGUUAUUUUUGUCCAAAUAUGUAUGAUCUUGAGUAAGAGGAAUCCCAUUACACCUGUCUGUGCAUGUUCAAUUUUGUUCAAAAACUGAUAAGGGCAUCCUUAUAUUGAAGUGUAUAUAAGUUUUUUUAAACA